CCGGAAGUGCGAUGUUGUUUUUGUUUUGAAUGAAGCGAGUAGAAAUGCGUGUAUGGAUCCGAAGAUAAUUGUUGUCUAAAGCAUCCUCAUGAUGAACUUCGAGGGUCUGGACCCGGGCCUGGGCGAAUACGCGCCCGGCCUGCACGGCAGCCUGGAGCCCGGUCUUGACUCAUCUAUGGACCCACGGCUCGACCCGGCCCUUCUUCAGGGCGUAGAGCUCGACCCCGAGGGGCUUGUCGUGCCCGAAUCUGUGCACAUUGUGGAGGGCAUGUACUCGGAGCUUCACAGCGUGGCCGCGGAAGUCGGGAUCCCCGUGACAGCCACUUACUUUGACCUACAGGAGGAGCUUUUGUGGAUGGGGAACCACCGGGGACACGCAAGUUCUUUUUUUGGCCCGACGAUGGGCCGCUACUCCUCUUUUCAGGUGCACUUGACGGAUGACAUUAGGCAAAUCCAAAGUAUGGACACAGGGGUGCUGUUUCUGACCAAGAACAACCUGAAAUGCCUGACGCGUGGAGGCUGGAUAAUGUUUGAUUAUCCGACGGAGGAGGGCGCUGACAUGCACAGUUUGCUUCUGACUGAUAACAACACUUUAUUAAUGGGAGGUCUCCAGAAUUAUGUGACGGAAUUUGACCUCACCACAGUGCAGGAAACCCAAAAAUUUACUGUUGAGGUUCCUGGAGUCGCCAUCAUGAGACAGUCCAAUCGCUUCUUCUUUUGUGGCCACACCUCAGGCAAGGUGUCUCUAAGGGAUCCACGCACGGUUAAAAUGGAGUACGAGUUUGACGCUUUCUCCGGAAGCCUAUCUGAUUUUGACGUACAUGGCAACCUACUGGCAGCAUGUGGCUUUUCCAGUCGUGGUCUGAACGGACUGUCAUGUGACCGGUUUUUGAUGGUGUUUGACCUGCGUAUGAUGAGGGCCAUCACCCCGCUGCAGGUCCACGUGGACCCCCUGUUCCUCCGCUUCAUCCCCACAUACACCUCACGUCUGGCUAUCAUUUCACAAACAGGUCAGUGUCAGUUCUGCGAGCCCACUGGACUGGCCAGUCUGGCUGACCUCUUUCACGUCAACACAGUGGGGCAGCUGCUGAUGAGCUUCGACGUGUCCUCCAGCAAACAGGCGCUCUCUUUUGGGGACUCUGGUGGCUGUGUGCAUCUGUGGUCGAGCGCUCCAGAGGUGUCCUAUAACAGUUACUCCAGGGAGACUGAGUUAGCCCUGCCCUGCCUGGUGGACUCGCUGCCCCAAAUGGACUGGAACCAUGAGCUGAUGCCGCUCUCUCUUAUUCCAAUGCCUCUCACCAGUUCCGAGCCCUUGCUUUCAGACUGGGCCUCCAACCUUAUUUCUCCCAGCCCCAGACGAGCCCCCCCAGUAGAUCCUGAAAUUCUUAGGACUAUGAAAACAGUGGGCUUUAUUGGAUACGCCCCCAAUCCUAGAACCCGUCCUAGAAACCAGGUUCCCUAUAAGAUUAAAGAGAUAGAGGUUGACUAUGACAACUAUAAUCAGGUUCCGGAGUCUCCCAGUGGUCGAGAUGAGGAGCCACAUCUUUACAUGGUGCCGAAGAAGUACCGUAAGGUGACCAUUAAAUACUCCAAACUGGGACUAGAAGACUUUGAUUUCAAGCACUAUAACAGGACUCUGUUUGCUGGUCUGGAACCUCACAUACCCAACGCUUACUGUAACUGCAUGAUCCAGGUGCUGUAUUUCCUGGAGCCAAUCAGGUGCCUGGUACAGAAUCACCUGUGUCAGAAGGAGUUCUGUCUGGCCUGUGAGCUCGGCUUCCUCUUUCACAUGCUGGAUCUGAGCAGAGGAGACCCCUGCCAGGCCAGCAAUUUUCUCCGGGCUUUCCGAACAAUCCCAGAGGCAUCUGCGUUGGGUUUGAUCCUGGCGGAUUCUGAUGAACAGACAGGGAAAGCCCGUCUGGGUCGCCUCAUCCAGAGCUGGAACCGUUUCAUUCUUGCGCAGCUGCAUCAGGAGACACUGGAGCAGGAAGGACCGCAGGCAUACAGAGGGGCAAGCAGCAGUGGGCUGGGUUCCUCUGCUGAGUCUGUGAUUGGACGGUUGUUCGGCUGUGAAGUGGAGAACAGCAGUUUAUGUCGCUGUGGGAAGGAGACGGUUCGCUCAUCUAUGACUCUGCUGUUUACCAUGCACUACCCGGAGCAGAGCUCUCUCGAUAAGACGAUAGAGGAACAUGACUUUGCAGAUGUUUUGAAGAAGAGUAUCUGUCUGGAACAGAGCACACAGGCCUGGUGUGACAACUGUGAGAAAUACCAGCCAACUGUGCAGACCCGGAACAUUCGUUGUCUGCCUGAUGUUCUGGUGAUAAACUGUGAAGUCAACAGCUCUAAGGAGGCCGAGUUCUGGAGAGCUCAGACUGAGUAUGUGUUCAACAAUGCUCUAAAGAAAGAGGCGGCCGAACCUCCCAAACCCAAAGAGCCUCUUCCUACAGAAUGGUGUUUGGAGGAGGAACUAUGCAGUGUGGAGGGUUUGACCUUUGACACGCAAGCGGAGGACAUGAGGCACGUCUGGAUCCCUCUCAGUUUGAAGAUGUGCAUCAGUAAGACUCAAGGCCUGGAGGUCAGCAGCCUAUCUGUGGGAGAGGAGCUGACCGAGAGUGAAGAGGCAGAGGGGGCGUCUAUCUACGAUUUGGUGGUCACCGUGUCUCAUAUUCAGGAUCCACGGACUGGAGGAAACCUAGUGGCUCAUAUCAAAGUGGGAGAGACCUACCACCAGAGAAAAGAGGGAGUAACACACCAGCAGUGGUAUCUAUUCAAUGACUUUCUGAUCGAGCCCAUAGACAAGGCUGAAUCGGUUCAGUUCGAUGUCAACUGGAAGGUCCCAGCUGUACUUUACUAUGUCAGGAGGAACUACAACGCCAAGUACGAUUUGAAAAUUAAGAAUCCCAUCGAGCCCAGCGUUUUGCUGACGGAGGCCUCGUUGGCACGGAAACAGAGGAAGAGUCACGCUACCUUUAUACCUCUCAUGAUGAGCGAGAUGCCACAGGCCAGUGACCUCGUGGGACUGGACGCAGAGUUUGUCACGCUUAACCAGGAGGAGGCAGAACUACGCAGCGAUGGGACCAAGUCUACCAUUAAACCCAGUCAGAUGUCUGUGGCCCGUAUCACCUGUGUGAGAGGUCAAGGAGCCAACGAGGGAGUGCCGUUCAUUGAUGACUACAUAUCUACACAGGAGCAGGUGGUAGAUUACCUGACCCAAUACUCUGGUAUUAAACCCGGAGACCUCGAUGCCAAAAUCUCUUCCAAACACUUGACCACUCUGAAAUCGACGUACCUCAAGCUGCGAUUUCUUAUUGACACUGGAGUUCGCUUCGUUGGUCACGGUUUACAGAAGGACUUCCGAGUCAUUAACCUGAUGGUUCCUAAAGAUCAGGUCAUCGACACUGUCUACCUCUUCCACAUGCCUAGGAAAAGAAUGAUCUCUUUGCGUUUCCUGGCGUGGUAUUUUCUUGAUCUGAAAAUUCAGAGCGAAACCCAUGACAGUACUGAAGAUGCUCGGACCGCCCUGCAGCUGUACAGGAAGUAUUUAGAGCUGAGUCACAAUGGAAGACAGGACGAGUUCAGGAAGGUUCUCAAGGCUCUCUAUGAGAAGGGACGCAAACUAGACUGGAAGGUUCCAGACCUUGACUCUUCAGAUGGUCAAGGUAGCCCAAAAAGGACAGCUGUGUUUCCCUCGGUGAUGGGUUUAUAAUCCCGGUUUAACUCGGUUUGAUUGUAUUCCUGCCAAAAAGAUGUCUGUUCAUCAAUCAGUGUUCUCGUUUUAAUAUAUUGCGAGCCAUUUCUUUGGGUGUAUUCAUGUCAUUAGACCAAAAUGUUUUCUGUUCUGUCAUUUGACAUGUAAAAAACAAUUUCAUGUUUUCUUCAAAGCAUUAUGUCACCUGUACGUGGUACGGUAUGUCUGGGAAGAAUAUACAAACGGAACUGAGACCCAAUUUAAGAAAAAAAAAAGUGAUUUUCCUUGCAUUUGACUCUGUGGUUUCUUUUGCACCUGCACCGAUGUAGUUAAACAGUGUUUGAAACUGAACUCACUAGAAUAUGAAUUAGGCUGUAAAUGGAUUUACAGUGUGUUGUUUUCUAUUUUGUAAGUGUACAUUGUAAUAAUGUGGCAGCUGAAUAAAGAAUUUUUGAUAAAU